CACAGGGAACGCGGAGCCGAAGCUCAGCCCCGACUUGUUGAUCUCGCCCAAGCAGCCGCUGCCGCCGCCUCCGGAGCGGGAGGAGGAGGAGGUGGAGCAGGAGUCGCCUCCAGAACGCGGUCCUGCCACCCGCGCCCGCAGCGCCCGCCUGCGCCCCCAACCUCGGAGAGCUCGUCCGGCUUCGCAGCGCCUGCAGCCCCGGAGAGGCGCCUGCCCGGCCGGCCGGCAUAGGCCGGGCCCGGCCGGGCCCCGGGUCCGCCGCUGCCCGCGGGCCGGGGUGCUCCGGCGGCCGGGGCGAUGCCCGGUCCCUGGCCCCGGGAGGCGGCCGCCCUGAGGCCGUCGGGAUGGAGGUGAGAAGACGGCCAUAAGGCGCGCCCGCGUGGCCCCCUGCACCCGCAACAGCCCACAGCGCUCCCUGCCCCCCUCCCCCACUGCGGCCGGCCUUGCCGUCCUGUGACAGCGGCCUGGGGGGGCAGGGGGGGAGGGGGCGGCCGGACCAGAGAUGCCGGCGGGCAUGACGAAGCAUGGCUCCCGUUCCACCAGCUCGCUGCCGCCGGAGCCCAUGGAGAUCGUGCGCAGCAAGGCGUGCUCUAGGCGCGUCCGCCUCAACGUUGGGGGCCUGGCGCACGAGGUGCUCUGGCGCACCCUGGACCGCCUGCCCCGCACGCGGCUGGGCAAGCUCCGUGACUGCAACACGCACGACUCGCUGCUCGAAGUGUGCGAUGACUACAGCCUCGACGACAACGAGUACUUCUUUGACCGCCACCCAGGCGCCUUCACCUCCAUCCUCAACUUCUACCGCACUGGGCGGCUGCACAUGAUGGAGGAGAUGUGCGCGCUCAGCUUCAGCCAAGAGCUGGACUACUGGGGCAUCGAUGAAAUCUACCUGGAGUCCUGCUGCCAGGCCCGCUACCACCAGAAGAAGGAGCAGAUGAACGAGGAGCUCAAACGCGAGGCCGAGACCCUGCGCGAGAGGGAGGGUGAGGAGUUUGAUAACACGUGCUGCGCGGAAAAGAGGAAAAAGCUCUGGGACCUACUGGAGAAGCCCAAUUCCUCCGUGGCUGCCAAGAUCCUUGCCAUAAUUUCCAUAAUGUUCAUCGUCCUCUCCACCAUUGCCCUGUCACUCAACACACUGCCCGAGCUACAGAGCCUUGAUGAGUUUGGCCAGACCACGGACAACCCCCAGCUGGCCCAUGUGGAGGCCGUGUGCAUUGCGUGGUUCACCAUGGAGUACCUGCUGCGGUUCCUCUCCUCGCCCAAGAAGUGGAAGUUCUUCAAGGGCCCACUCAAUGCCAUUGACUUGCUGGCCAUCCUGCCGUACUAUGUCACCAUCUUCCUCACCGAAUCCAACAAGAGCGUGCUGCAGUUCCAGAACGUGCGCCGUGUGGUCCAGAUCUUCCGCAUCAUGCGCAUCCUCCGCAUCCUUAAGCUUGCACGCCACUCCACUGGCCUCCAGUCCUUGGGCUUCACCCUGCGGCGGAGCUACAACGAGUUGGGCUUGCUCAUCCUUUUCCUCGCCAUGGGCAUCAUGAUCUUCUCCAGCCUUGUCUUCUUUGCGGAGAAGGAUGAAGAGGACACCAAGUUUAAAAGCAUCCCUGCCUCUUUCUGGUGGGCUACUAUUACCAUGACCACUGUUGGGUAUGGAGACAUCUACCCCAAGACUCUCCUGGGGAAAAUUGUGGGGGGGCUCUGCUGCAUUGCGGGGGUCCUGGUGAUUGCUCUUCCCAUCCCCAUCAUUGUCAACAACUUCUCUGAGUUCUACAAGGAGCAGAAGAGGCAGGAGAAAGCGAUCAAGCGGAGAGAGGCUCUGGAGAGAGCCAAGAGGAAUGGCAGCAUCGUGUCCAUGAACAUGAAAGAUGCUUUUGCCCGGAGCAUCGAGAUGAUGGACAUCGUGGUUGAGAAAAAUGGAGAGAAUAUGGGUAAGAAGGACAAAGUACAGGACAACCACUUGUCUCCCAACAAAUGGAAGUGGACAAAGAGGACACUCUCCGAAACCAGCUCAAGUAAGUCCUUUGAAACCAAGGAGCAGGGUUCCCCUGAAAAGGCCAGGUCAUCUUCUAGUCCUCAGCAUCUGAACGUCCAGCAGUUGGAAGACAUGUACAAUAAGAUGGCCAAGGCCCAGAGUCAGCCCAUUCUCAAUACCAAGGAAUUAGCCACACAGAGCAAACCAAAGGAAGAACUUGAAAUGGAGAGUAUCCCCAGCCCCAUAGCCCCUCUGCCCACUCGUACGGAAGGGGUCAUAGACAUGAGAAGCAUGUCGAGCAUCGAUAGCUUCAUUAGUUGUGCCACAGACUUCCCUGAAGCCACCAGAUUCUCCCACAGCCCUUUGGCAUCGCUCCCCAGCAAGACUGGGGGCAGCACGGCCCCAGAGCUGGGCUGGCGGGGAGCUCUGGGCGCCAGUGGUGGUAGGUUUGUUGAGGCCAACCCCACCCCUGAUGCCAGUCACCACUCUUCUUUCCUCAUCGAGAGCCCCAAGAGUUCCAUGAAGACCAACAACCCCUUGAAGCUCCGAGCACUUAAAGUCAACUUCUUGGAGGGUGAACCCAGUCCAUUACUCCCCGUUCUGGGGAUGUACCAUGACCCCCUCAGGAACCGGGGGGGUGCUGCCGCCGCUGUGGCUGGACUGGAGUGUGCCACACUCUUGGACACAUCUGUGCUGAGUCCAGAGUCCUCCAUCUAUACCACAGCAAGUGUUAGGACACCCCCCCGGUCGCCCGAGAAACCCACAGCAAUAGCAUUCAACUUUGAAGCAGGUGUCCACCAGUACAUUGAUGCAGACACAGAUGAUGAGGGACAGGUACUAUACAGUGUGGACUCCAGCCCUCCCAAAAGCCUCCAUGGGAGCACCAGUCCCAAGUUCGGUGUCGGGACAAGAUCAGAAAAGAACCACUUUGAAAGUUCCCCCUUAUCCACCUCCCCUAAGUUCUUAAGGCAGAACUGUAUUUACUCUACAGAAACAUUGACUGGAAAAGCCCCCAGUGGUCAGGAGAAGUGCAGACUUGAGAACCAUAUCUCCCCCGAGGUCCGGGUGUUGCCGGGGGGAGGGGCCCACGGAAGCACACGGGAUCCGACCAUCUGAACCAGCCCACAUGGAGGACAGACUUGUGGCAAGGCCCGUAGAGGCGUGCUGCUCAGCUUACCUGCCACAGAGCCUUUCUGCAUGAACUCUGAAACAGAAAGGCUCUGCAAAGCCCCCAGAAAGAAGAAAAACUCUGGAGAAAGCUCCCCAAGACCUUGAGAGCCAUGGUAGGUCCACCGGAAUGCAGCUAGCCAAGCUGUAGGACCUGGCGCCUCCCUGUAACAACUCCACUGCCCUCUCUGGGAGGUGACAUGAGCAGAACUCACAGCCACCACUACCACACUGUAGACGUAACCAAGGCCACCUGCUCCCUGUCCUUCUCUCAUGGCUCUCCAUCACAGCUGCAGAAGGCAACAUCUCCCGUCCCUCCUGGCUUCAGCUGGAGAAGGAUAUUGGAACACGUGGCUAGUAUUGGAAAAAGUGGGUUGACCAAUUUGCUCUGGGCGUUGCCUGGCCACCUCUGGGAGCUCCUGUCCAUCACCUCCUGGGUGGACCCCACGGUUAGAAGGCCACAGGGAGUGCUUGUGUCAUGGAGAAAUCUCUGCACUGUAAGCCUCGAUCCCAGUGCAAAACCCUUACUCAGACGGCUUCAUUGACUUCCCCGUUUCGUAGUCCCUGAGGUUUUAUUUUGAGAUAUCAUCGGGGUGAGUUGUACCACUUGUACUCAAUUCUAAUUGCCCCCUGGCAAUCUGGGAAGGGUUCAGAAGGCGGGCAUUCAGCCAACGGUGUGAAUGCUGAGCAUUGCUUUAGGGUUGUUGAGGGAAUACAUUUUCUGUACAUCACUGGUGUAGACUCAAAAAAUAUGCAAGUGUCAAAUAUGCAAAAGAAAUAGCUUAUUCAAAAAGACUGUAUGUUCCCGAAGAACAGAAUAAGAUCUGACUUUUUUUUUUACCUACAAAAAUGAAAGGGAAAAAAAAUCCCCAUUUGAAAUGCCCCGUGCAGACUUUCGAAUACUUCCUGCUGUGGCAGGGAGAGCAUCUACUAUAAUAGAAAUCCUCUUUCUGUUUCCUGUGGUAUUCAAGUUUUUAAAAAAGUUAAAAUAAAAAGCACUUUAUGUUUUUCAAAAAUAGGUUCUACCAGGGACAGUGUCACCAUCUUGCACUUUAAAAGAAGCACUAUUUCCCGCGGGCUGCUUCCUGGGACUCUGGUUGGGUGGAUGCUACAACACAUGCCUGUGUCCAGCCACAGUGGGUGACACUGUGCUGGUAUUGUCGUCUGCCAGGUCAAAGCCUGCAGGCGCCUUCCCUGCCCCUCCGAAGCAUCCCCUAAGUCCCCUUGCAAGGAAGAGUACGUGGCCCAUGUGGAGGGCCUCUCAUAAAGUCACGUGUACAGGACAGGCACAUCUCAAAAGAAGACAGUAGGCAGUUGGGCAUUGGGUACUGUACUCUGUUCUCUCUCUUGUCAACCAGCUGUCGGUGUGUUUUCGGUGUCACCGUCUAUAUUAAUAAGCUCAGCUCUCCUUCCUGCAGCCAUCAAUGCAGCCAGUACAGACAAAAGCAAUAAGUAUCUGUGCGCAUCGUGAGCGGUUGUAGCACAUCUUCUGGUCUUGGUGUUGCUGUCCUAGUGUGGUGCACUGGCGCUGGUCUGCUUGAGUUCAGUCUGACCCUGUGGUGUUGCUGGCUGUUCCUCAGUUCAUUGACAUUGGGUUGAGCCACUGGUUAGCAUGAUGCCAAGCCGAUGGCCCAUCUGUCAGUAAAGAUAAUACGUUAUUGAUCUGCCUGUUUGUAGUACCAUGGACUGAUGCUGUUCUCCUAACACAGUUUUAGGAGAUGGUGUCCCAAGUACAGCAGUAUAUAUCUGUCCGUCCUCAGCUGUGACAGGUAUGUGUCUUCCUGAUGAGACAAGACAUGGUGUUGUUCCGCUGUCCUUCAUACAAUGUUAUCGGUCCACCUGUUAGUACAGUGGCGUGAUCCACCUGUUCCGUACACCAGUGUCACAGAGUUGUUCUGCCUGCCCUCCGUACAGCGCCACAAGGCUGGCUGCCCGUCACAGGUGUGAUGACGUGCGGUCAUUCCUCGCCCCUAAAAAUGUGUGUCCUCUGCUGAAUGCACACCUGGCUCACACUGCUUCUUGGCAUCUCCCAGGACAACAGAUCCCUCCAAGAGGGGACAGUCCUGCUCUGUGCUGUGUUAGCAAAGACAAGGCAUGUGAAGUAUCUUGACUCUUCCAAAGUCCCUUCAGAGGACUUGACGGCAAAUGCAAAGGGACUUAAGGGACAGAGAGAGAAUGAGGUCAUGCUGUGCUAGUGACACACCAGAGAGAGGCAGUGGCAGUGCCCCUGGGGGCUUGGCGGGGGUGGGGGGGCAUCUCUUCUUCAUUUUCAUCAGUGUCUGCCAUCAGCACAAACGGGAAAAUUCAGGGAAAACAAAUGCUUUUUAAUAAAAGUAAAUAGUUGUGAUUUCUGAUUCAGAUAUUUUUAGAGCUGAUGCUAUCUGUAAAAAUUAAUAAUAUAGUCUAUUUUACAUAUCAGGAAAGUGAACAUGUUUAAAUAUAGCCAUAUAUACUGAGAAGGAACUUACCACCCCUUCUUCAAAUCAAGGCGUUUCAUUCGUUGGUUGAACCAGAUGAGAAGUGUACAGAUUGGAAAUUCUCUCUCUUUUUUUUAAAACUAAUAACCAAUUGGUGCAACUCUCCUCGUAACCAAAGGCCCUUUCUGCCUUGUGUGGUCACGCAGGGCCCGGCCCUUCCUUCCUCAUGCAUUUUGUCUGACCUUAAAGUAGCAUUUUAUCGAGUCACUUUUGAAGGACGAAUUCAGAAGUAUCAUGAAGAACCUACCUUUUCAGGCUGAAUAGCCAGAGUCCUAUAGAGUUCUUAUAGAAACAGAAUAAUUGAAACUCAGCAUAUACUAUGCUUAGAAAGUAUUGUGUUCUGUUUGGGUUUUUUUCUUUUACUUGUGUAUGUCUUGUGGGAACAUAGCUCUUACCCUGUGCCCGAUUAAAAUAGAGCGCUGGGAGUGUAUCCAGGCCCUCACCUGCCAAAAAGGAACACACUGAGGUUUUUAAUAUGUGUACAUCCUACCUGUACCCGUGUACAUGCACUAGGAAAUCUACCUAGGAGUCUCCAUGAGAAGCUAACCUUGACCAACAAAUCUUGAUGGAGGAGGGGAAAGUCAUGGUUUGGAAGCAGGUAUUGCUUUACCUUGGUGGUCCAUGUCCCACCCAUUUCUGAACCAAUAAAAGCGGGAGGAAAAAGACAAGUCAACCCAAAGAAACAAAACUAGGGGCUGGAGGCGAACUCUGUGAAACUUGUCCAGAGCCCAGCUGAACUUGAGUCCCCCCAGCUUCCACCAUUAUCAGAAAGGGCUAGGGACCAGGUAGCUAUGUGUCCCAACCACACAGAGCGGGGAGAGUCUGCGAGCCGCGGACAGAGGCAGCAAGCUCUGGAGAAGUCCUUCGGUUCGCCUUGUUCUGUCUGGGGAAAGAAAAAACAGCAACAGGAUGUCGGUGCAGUAGAUUUCUCGGUGCCUUCUUUAGGAAUUUUAUCUUAAGCACACUGAAUGGGGGAAGAAAAAAGAGGAGAGAACCUUUGUUUCCGUGAAACCCCUUUCUCUAAAAGCACUGGGGAUCAAGAAGGAAGCAUUAGACGUGGAAACAGCAAAACCCCGAGGAGGCCAUUUCCUCUCAACCCGCCCGGCUUGCCCCUGAGAAUUGCUGGCCAUGCAAACUUUGUCAGACUGAGUCCCAACCUCUCUUCCACCGUGUCUUAGUCACCGUAGCCUCGUUUCUGCCCUUUCUCCUAAUAAGUCCCACCUUUCUAAGGUGGGAAAAAAAAAAACACAGCAAGAUUCUCCUCUGUAAAGUUGUAAUGUAGUGUUGACUUUUGUAAACUGUUGUAUAUUUCUGUUUCCUCCAAGUCACGGCUGGAGUGUCAAAUCCACGGGAAAGGGCAAAUUUAAAAUCCACCACGGACAAGGCUCAUUACAGCCAGGUCUCUGGCUCCCUCCUUUCCUUGUAUCUCUGCCAGCUAGUCCCAGGCUUCAGCCUCCAAACAAGGAACUUUGAAUCAAACGAGAGCACGGUGAGCUGCCUCUGAGAUUCUUUGGGAAAGGACUUUUUCUGUGGCUGCGAAGCUGAUAGGAGGGAAGAAGGAGGCUCAGCCCAACCCCCCGCGAGACAGAGGAGAGCCUCCAGCCCUGAGCUGAACUUGCUGACCUCUCACUGCUUAUAGGACAGCAUCCAGAUGCUCUAAAGGGACCCAAGCCAGCCCCAGCGACCCCCACAAAUCAGAGUUACCUCUGCAGUUUCCAUUGCCAUUUUUCUGGCUCUAGAAGUAUCUGAUGUGUGACUACAUCAUAUAGGUUGUCCACAUAUCUCAGAGUAGUCUAUUUUUCUGUUCAGAUAAAUAUAAAAUGUAUUUUUAGCAAAUUUAUAAUAGGGCCACUGAGUCGAAUUUCUUUUGUAAUAUAGAAUAACACCUUAGGAGGUUUGUUGUCGGUCAUUAUCGUAGCUGAUGUCUUCUGGUCUUUUACGUCCAUUGUCCCGUGGGCUGCUUUUUUUUCUUUCUUCGCUUCCUAAUGAUUCUGAUUUUCUGCGAGCGCAGAAAGAUGCCAGGGUUUGACUUCCUCGGCAGACAUUUCCUGCCACGAGGCCUAGAGACUAUUGAUAUGGUCAGCUUCUUCAUUCUGUCUCUGUGUUUCUCGUCAUCGUUCUGAAGAAUCCAGGACACACAUGCAGGAUCGAGAGCAGGUGACCCUCAAAAUCAGGACGGGAUGUGGGCUUGGUUUGGCUCGUUCCUACACACGUUUGGGAACCUGAGGGGACUGAGUUUUCUCCUCCCCCCCAAAUUUCAGACCCAAAAAUCCCAUGCAGGCUAACUUCCCGCUGGGCGUUUCUGUGCUCCAGAACACACCCACGCCCCUCCUGGCUGGCCUGUUGCCAUGUCCAGCGCCCUGCUCCCUGUGUCAGCAACUGAAUCUGAAGGACGGAACAUGUUUGGUUCUUGAGAACAGGCUGGGCUUCAGAUCUCAUCAGCUUUUUAUCAGUUCUUCAUUCCAGUUCUUUGCCAGCAGCCUCACCAACAGACAGUGGCCAGACAGGCUUGCAGCCAGACCCUGUGAAGACAUGUCCCCAGAAUCUGCCAUCUCAUCUCUCUUUCCUUUUGCAGCUGCUGGCUUCAUAGAGCCAGAGAUCUGGUCUCUGCGGCAGGGGCUGCCCACGCCCUUCUAGGCCUCAGGGAGUUUCUGGUCUGUCCUGAUUGUAAUUCCACCAGGUAGUUUCCCCCCCCCCCCCCCGCCGUGGGUGGGCAGAGAACACCUCACGAAACACGAUCUUCAGCAAAAAGCAAUUUUUCCUUCCAUCAGCUCAUGCAGGAAGAUGAAGAAAGCUCAGAUAAUCUCCAACUUGCAUUCAUUUCAAUUUUCAUAUCCCACCCGCCUCACUCUCCACUUUAGGGCUCUGGCCUCUGCCCCGAAUCAGAGCUCAGAGCCAAAUCAGGACUCCUAGAGGGCAGCGAACCACUCCCUGCCCCACCCUACUGAAACAUCCCCAAGAGGAACUAAUCUGAGUACCAAUCUAUUAUUCUGGACUAAGACCCUAAUCAAAGUUUUUCCAGCCCCCAUAUUCUUGGUAAUCUGAUUUGAACCAGAGCCAAACAAAAUAGACCAGAUUUGUUAAAACUUCUGCACAAGAACAUUAAAAAUAAAUUGUAUUUCCCAGUAGCUUGCUGAGUUUGGAGCCCAGAUAAACAAACACCCUCGCCUGUGGCUGUCUGCAGCUAGAAAGAGGUUGUAUAGUUUGGGUACCCAUCCACUGUCCCUGAUAACUGUCUUAACCUGGAAUCUUUCGGAAACUCCCCGAAUUCCAACUUGAAGAAAUGGAUUUAGAAGGGUCUCUGUUAAUGGAGCGGCACCUCAACUUCACCUCUAACUUUUCCACUCCUCCCUGCAAAGAUCCCAAAAAGAUCAGAGAUGGAGUGGGCAGCUCCCCUGAGGAAGAAAUCACCCACCUGCCAGAGGGCUGCAGGCGGAUCUCUGAAAGUUUCUCUUGCCUGAGAAGAACAGGGCGGUCAGCUUCAGCUCACAUGAAGAAAGCACUUUUAAUAGGUAGGGCUGCCUCACCAUGGAACUCGUUGCCGAGCUGGGUAACGGUCUCCCUGACAUCACAGGUGUUUAAAGAGAGGCUAGACGGUGUACAGAGUGGAGAUUGCACAGGGACCCUCUCGUUGCAUAGCAACGGGACUGAACAACCUGGGAAAUUCUCUCUCCCCCUCUGUUUCCUGGCGCGCGUGCGUGUGUGUGUGUGUGUGUGUGUGUGUGUGUGUGUGGUUUGAACAUCUGGGCGUAGACUCAAGUCACUGAGGCAAAGGCAGGGAGGGCCAUUAGCAGGAACUCAAAUGUUAGGAUUUGCAGCUUUCAAAGAGGGUUCUAGGUUGAGACUGUGGUGCAGGACACCCUGUUUGCUCCUGUCCCAUAUCCUGGACAAUGUCAGUGACCCUGUCGAUCACCCAUCCAACCUAGUCUCAGUGUCCUAACAGGAACCCCGUGGGGUGGGAUGACACUCAUGCUACCCUCCCCCAAGGCCACCCACAAAGCAGCCCCAUCUCUGGCUGGCUGGCUGUCUCUCGGUGCUUCAGCCCCUCUGCCCAGCCCCUGUGCCCUCAUAGACCUGUGGAUUUCUGUACAAAAGACAAUUAUCUUUUACCCACUAACCAACCAGCUACUGCCCAGGCAAUAGCAAAUGAACAAACUGCCCAGGCAAUAGCAAAUGGCACCAUUCCAAAAGGGCUUUUUUCCCCCCCUGGCAAAUAAAACAGGAAAUCCCAUUCAAAUCCUUUGAAAGUCCCCACCCAAGGAAGUUAAAUCCAGAAGGGACAAAAGAGAGAGGCAGCCGUAAUCCAGUUCCAAAGCAAAAUAAGGCUUCGGCCACCGCCAGGCCGAAUACCUUCUCCCACCUCUGUAGCCCCCUUCCCAGGUCUGGGUACUGCAUUCUUCAAGGGGAGCAUGUGACAAAGAGGUUUUACAGUCCCCCUUAGUUUGUAUAUGCUGGGUUGGAGGAGGCAGUCUCCAGCUACUUUAUCACAAGGUAAGGCAGGAUAUGUGUGAACAGAGAGACUGAGCAGCUGCCAGUUUCCAGGCUUUCCCCUUUGAGGCUCUUUCCUGCAGAAAUAGCUCAAGUUAGUGGCUGCAAUGGUAUGACAGUCCUGAAAAAUGAAUUAACUCCCAAUUCUGUGUCGUUAGGAUGCUCUCAAGGGUCCUGCAUGGACCACCCCAUCCUACUUUCCUCCCUGAGCUAAUCCAGGUUUGGAAAACAAGGAGGGAAGCACAGGAGAAGAUGCCCACGAGAGUUGGAUUUCUCCAUGACUUGGCUCAUGGACCCUGGUCUUCACUAGGGCUUUGGGCUCUCUCCUAGAUAACCUUGACCUCUGAACUCGAUGUGUCUGGUAGAUAGGGAAGAAAAAGGUCAGCAGCUGCUGGGGCGGCAACUGGCCCUUUUUUCUCCAGAACUAUCCUGGUUUUAACCCAAGGUCAAGGUCUGGGAACACCAUUAUCUGCACAAGGAACUCAGGGUUAUCCCCCAAUGUAUGUCCUUGGCACAUAGUGGUCACCCAACCUGUGUUUUUGAAUGAAUGUGUAAAUGAUUGAUUUCUGAGUGAGCGAUUGAUGAGUGAAUGUGUGAGGGAAUAGAGGAGUUUAUUAGUUCUCACCUGGCUUGAGGUAUUGCUAACUGGGAAGGAAGGAGAAAUGGGGGGCCCUUCCGAUUAAAGCCUGUAGUAGCCCCACCAAUGCCAUCUGUCCUUUCACUCCAUCAGGGGCCAAGGUGAUGACCAAAUUUGACACUUGUCUGCCCUAAGGGCCAUGGCCUUCUCAGAACUACACUUCCAGGGGACCUAUGGGGCAUUCCCAGCCUCCUUCCUACUCUUCCACUCUGCGUUUCCAGCCUCAUGUUCCAGUGUAGCUCACAUGUAGCCCAUGCAGAGAUCACAGAGUGGUUUUCCAAUGAGCAAAGCCAAGGGUUCAAAGUAAGGGUUUUCCAUGGUCUGGGAUUUGCUGGGGGCAGGAACACGGGAGAUGACAUCUAGAAACUGGAUCACCUUCCCUGAGCCAUGGGAGUCCAGCUGAAAAAGAGGCCCAGCCUGCCCUCCAGCUUUUAGAGCCAACAGUCUUCCUCUUCGAAUGCCCCCAUGGUAGCAUGUGCCCGAUCCUGUUAGCUCAGACCCUCUGUCACUCCAAGGAACCAGGGUGUGAGGUUGAGGUUCUUCUGCCAGCAAAGCCAUUCUGAUCGCCCCGCCCAUGAUGGGGGCCAAGCCAAUCACAUUAGCCAUAAAUGACCAAUGUCCUUAGCUGCUCUUUUCUCGGGGUUGUGUUCUUGGGUCCUGUUCAUCUCUGGUCAGUUGACGUCUCCAGUCCUACCUGUAAAGGUGAAAACAAGCAUUACACAGACACACACACACACACACACACAAGAAAACUAAACAAAAAAUCCAGUGUCUUUAUGCAUGUGAUGAGAUGAAAUUGUGACCUCCAGCUGCUGUCCUGUCUUGUAAAAUACGUCCAAAUGUUUAAGAAUUUCUAAGCAAAUGGUCCCUUAACGAGGUCUGCAGAGUUCAAUAAAAAGGUAUGGAGAAAAUAA